CUCUGUGCCUGUACGGAGCUUUGAUCCUACUCACAUAAAGAGCUCAUUUGGGCUAAAAGGUAACCUAAGGGAAAUGAUGAUUCCUUAUCAUGGCUAAGGAAACUGUGAUUCCUUGCGAUGUAGCAGCUUGCUUCAAAACCCCCAGCUUGUGACCAAGAGAGUAGGCUUCAAAUCUAAGGCUUCUGGCUCUGUCUAUAAUCCUUAGCCACAUGUGGCUAUUUAAAUUAUUAAAGUUAAACAUUUAAAAUUCACUUCCUCAUUCCCACCAGAGGUGUUUCAGGUGCUCAAUAAAUACAAAUGACUAAUUCCUACCAUGUCAGAGAGUACAUAAAUAGAACAUUUCCAUCACUGGAGAAAGUUCUGUUGGACAGCACUAGACCUUGGUGACUCCUUAAAGUUAAAAAAAAAAAAACAAACACGGUGCUCAAGUCCUGACUCUUGAGGCUGAAUUUGUGUGAGUUCCUAAUGUUCUGUGCACUUGUUUCUUAUUCCAUAAAGUGGAGAUACUGUGAACAGGCCAACAUGGUACUGUGUUAUAGGUACUGAAUAAACAACAGCUGAUUUUUCCACCAGCGCAAUAUCCAAACUGAAAAUUUCCAUUGCACUAGGCUUGGGGGUUGGUGGAGUGACCUUAUCCCUGUCUUGGAGAGACUUGGGGGUUGGAUAGUGAAAGCUGAAUGUGUAAAUAGGUGCACUGAAGUGUUUUAUAUUUGCAAACUGAUUCUGUGGUAGCCUACCCAGGAGGGGAGGUGGUGUAUUUAUGGAAGUGGGUGACAGGAAAAGUUUCAGCCUUUGAGCUGAGCUUUUCAAAAGGUUUUCCAGACCACCAAAGAAGUCUCUUGAAGUGGAGGACAGGUAAUGUUAAAGGGAGGAGGGGUUGGGGUGGGGGCAACUUGGACAGCUAUCAUCCCCUUUGUGACACUACCUGUGACGGCCUCCUCCUGCCUUACAGAAUUAGGUGUGUCCUCCGGGGGCACGGGUAUGUUUUAACUUUGCAGUGAAUGUUAAAGGUGCUCACGGUGAAGCUGGUGGUUCAAAAGAGUAUGGCAUCUGCUCACUCAACCCACACAGGACGGCAUUGCCUGGGUGAGCCAGCUGUUUGUCACAGAUCCAUCUCCGAGGAUCCAGAGCCCUUAACAACCACAUUUGCAGGCUGAUGAGAAGGACUGGAUGGUUGCCAAUCAGCCUACCCUCUUCUGGGGGCAUGUCUUUUGGGAAGCCCAGUCUCCAACAAGGUGUGGUCAGGAGUUGAGAAGAGCGAUCUCAGAUUGAGAUUGGCUGAACAGUGAGGUUGAGGACCCACCCUCACUCUACGGGCAGAUCUACCCGAUAACAAAGCUGGGUUCUCAGACCAGAGUACUUUCUUACCUGCACUCUGAAUGAGCACUGCUGGAAUUUUUCACCUCAAAUUGUUCUUGGGGUGCUUUUAUGACCCAUUACCUGAGUGGUAAUAUAUAGUUAUGUUAAAUAAUGUUUAUGUUGAAGAGUGGGAUUUUGCGGUCAGAACUGAAUUCCAGUGCUGGCUCUGCUAUGUGAUUUUAGGCGAAUUAACAUUUUGGAGCUUUAUGUUACGACUUUGGAAGAUCAUACUUUGCUACUGCCUCCAAAAAGUUUACUUACAGUCUUGAGGGCUGCACCUAACUGUUCCGUUACAUUUUUCUGCGAUUGGCUCAAGCAAUCUGUUUUUCUAUUUUUAGUUAUGGAGGGCAGGGGGAGUGUGCUGCACUCUACUUUCUCAUUGUUUCCCCAUACACUGCCCUGGUUUUCAGAUCAGCCCCAAGGAACCUUACCCUAGGCCCAUCCGCCAGGUCCUGCAGAUCUAGCGCACCCUCACCAGGCUCCAGCCACACUGCCUACAUCUUAGUUCCAGGGAAGGAUUCUUACCCUUCUCAGGGGUGUUGCUGAGACUUACCUGUCUGGAUUGAUAUUCCUACCCCUCUUCACUAGCCAAUUUCUGAGCUCCUUUGCAUAGGCUUCAGCCUAAAUGUCACCUCUUCAGAAAGGUCAUUUUUUUCUUAAGUAUGUCCCUUUUCUGGUUGGUUUGCUGCUUGUUCAUUGCCCUUACCUACAGCUCUUUUAUUCCUUUGUUGCUUGCUUUUUUGUCUCCCCUCCACUGGGCUGUAAGCAACAUGAGGUCAGGGAUCAUUUCUAGCUUCUAGUCUCCAGCCCCUAGCCCACUGCCUAGCACGGUUGCUCUCCAUAAAUACGAUGGAAUGACUCAAGCCACAGGAACCAUGAUGCUGAAAUUAACUGGCAGCACAGUGCUCCAGGCUUCCACCUUAGGUACCCUUGCUUAGCGGUCCGGAUUUAAGCCCGCUGGAGGGAGUACCCGAACCCACUCUCCGAUUGUGCCAAGGGAAUGGUUUCCUGGGCAACAGCAAACAGGAGGCGGGGCCUCGGAACGGAGGGCCCAGCUACCCGGAGAGGAGGCAGCGCGCAGAGGGGGAGGAGGGCUCUCACGCGCUGGGGGCGGGGGCGCGUGCAGCGAGGGGCGCAUGCAGGGCCCCGGCGCGCCGCUGCUCCUGAGCGCGGGGGAGCUGGGGGUCGCACAUCAGGGUUCCGCCGCCUGGUACCGUCAAGAGGGCGGCCGCACCAGUUCCCCAGCCCCAUGGCCCUGGGCGUGCCACUCCGAGUUCCCGCCUGCCGACCCGCUGCCUUGGCCGGGGCCCGCCUCUGCCUGUCCCGAGGGGGUUCGCGCAGGAGGUAAACGCCGGGCCCGCAGCCUAGCCUCUGCCCGCCGCCUAGGCCACGCCUUCGAGUCUCAGGCCCAAGGCACCCACGCCCAGAGCGCCGCGGAUCUCUGCCCCCUCGAGUCCCUGCACACCCCGGCCCCAGAUUAUGGCCAGUCGCCGGACGGUUCCCUUGUCCUCUGGCGAGGAUUCUCCAAGUCAUCUCACCACAUGGGCCGGCUCAGAAACGCCAGAAUGCACGUGGAGAGAGCUGUCAAGCAGAAAAAGAUCUUUAUGAUCCAAGGGCGCUACCCAGUGAUACGGUGCCUCUUGCGCCGGAGAGGCUGGGUGGAGAAGAAGAUGGUCCAUCACUCGGGCACCGUUCUGCCACCACCCCAGAAGGAUCUGGAUAGCUCGGUAAUCGGUGACAGUGACACCACUGAGGAUGAGGAUGAAGAAGAGGACGAGGCAUUUCGGCCACCACAGCUGUUUGACUUUGAUGAUUUCCUGGAAUUUGAUGACCUAGAUGGGACACAUGCUCUGAUGUCCCGCAUGGUUCGGAAUGAGGUUCCCUAUUUCAUCUGGACCACUCGGCGGGAUGUGCUGGACUGUCGCUUCCUCUCCAAGGAUCAAAUGAUAAACCACUAUGCCCGGGCUGGCUCCUUUACCACAAAGGUGGGUCUAUGUCUCAAUCUCCGGAAUUUGCCGUGGUUUGAUGAGGCUGAUGCUGACUCCUUCUUUCCACGCUGCUACCGCCUGGGGGCUGAGGAUGACAAAAAGGCCUUCAUAGAGGACUUCUGGCUGACAGCUGCCCGCAACGUUCUCAAGCUGGUGGUAAAGUCCGAAUGGAAGUCAUACUCUAUCCAGGCAGAAGAGGAAGAGGCCCCAGGAGACAAGCAGCCCAAGAAACAGGAGAAAAAGCCAGUGAUGGUGUCCCCGGAGUUUGUGGACGAGGCUCUGUGUGCCUGUGAAGAGCACCUUAGUAACCUGGCUCACAUGGACAUCGACAAGGACCUGGGGGCGCCGCUGUACCUCAGCCCUGAGGGCUGGUCCAUCUUCCUCCAGCGCUACUACCAAGUGGUUCACGAGGGGGCAGAACUCAGGCACCUUGACGCUCAGGUCCAGCGCUGUGAGGACAUCCUGCAGCGGCUGCGGGCUGUGGUGCCCCAGAUGGACAUGGAAGGAGAUCGCAACAUCUGGAUCGUGAAGCCGGGAGCCAAGUCCCGAGGACGAGGCAUCAUGUGUAUGGACCACCUGGAGGAGAUGCUGAAGCUUGUAGAUGGCAAUCCCAUGAUGAUGAAGGACGGCAAGUGGGUGGUACAGAAGUAUAUUGAACGGCCUCUGCUCAUCUUUGGCACCAAAUUUGACCUGAGACAGUGGUUCCUGGUGACCGACUGGAACCCACUUACUGUGUGGUUCUAUCGUGACAGCUACAUCCGCUUCUCCACACAGCCCUUCUCUUUAAAGAACCUUGACAACUCAGUGCACCUGUGCAACAACUCCAUUCAGAAGCACCUGGAGAAUUCAUGCCAUCGGCACCCACUCCUGCCCUCGGACAACAUGUGGUCGAGCCAGAAGUUCCAGGCCCACCUGAAGGAGAUGGGGGCCCCAGACGCUUGGUCCACCGUCAUUGUGCCCGGCAUGAAGGCUGCUGUGAUCCAUGCCCUGCAGACCUCCCAGGACACCGUGCAGUGUCGGAAGGCCAGCUUUGAGCUCUACGGUGCUGACUUUGUGUUUGGUGAGGACUUCCAGCCCUGGCUGAUCGAGAUCAAUGCCAGCCCCACCAUGGCCCCCUCCACUGCUGUCACUGCCCGGCUGUGUGCAGGUGUGCAAGCUGACACCCUGCGCGUGGUCAUCGACCGGCGGCUAGACCGCAACUGUGACACAGGAGCCUUUGAGCUCAUCUACAAGCAGCCUGCCGUGGAGGUACCUCAGUAUGUGGGUAUCCGGCUCCUAGUAGAGGGCUCCACCAUCAAGAAGCCCCUGGCAAUGUGUCACCGGCGGAUGGGGGUCCGCCCAGCACUCCCUCACCUGCUGACCCAGAGAGGCUCUGGGGAAGCCCCUUCCCACUUCCCCAGCGUCCACACCAAGGCCCGGCUGCCUUCUCCCCAUGUUCUCCGAUCCCAGGGGCGGGUCCUCAGACUGCAACACAGCAAGCUGGUGGGCUCUCAGGCCCUGUCGACCACAGGCAAGGCCUUGAUGACUCUACCUACUGCCAAGGUUUUGAUUUCCUUCCCACCUAACUCUGAGCUCAAGCUGGCAUCCAGCGUCCUAAAACCAAGAAAGGUGGGCCUUGAACUCGCCUUCGUGGUCCCCAUCCUGGAAGUACCUUGUGGCCUCUACCUUUUGAAGUUGGAAAUCUUCCUAGCACCCACAGGAAGAUCAAAGCCAAAGGCAAGUUCAAGACCAGACUGUGACAAACCCAAGGCUGAGGCAUGCCUCAUGAAAACACUGAGCCUUCCAGGAACCCUGCCCUUUAUCAAAGCAUACCAGGAACUAGGGGGCAUGUGGGACGUGAGGCCAGAGAAGCCCUUGCUGGUCGUCACUGCCCCUGUCCUGGAUGCAGCGCCAAAUAAAAAGGAGCAAGUGAAGUUUCCUGGGCUUGGCUCCAUUUCUGUUGGAUGGUGAAGAGAGAGUAGGCUGAGGCCCUGUGCCCCAACAUCCAGAGUGAGAGCUAGAGGCUGUCAGACACCCUUCCACAAAGCAAAGGGCCAGAAUUCCACCCCAUAGCAACAGGCAUGGAGUUUCCUAUGUAGUGUCUCUCUGGCAUCUCUGAUCUUGGAUUGGGGGAUAAGCCUCACUUUGUAGAUGAAGAAACAGGAGUCUGAAGGAGGAGACAUGUCUUGCCCAAGAUCAUGUGGCAAUGAGAAGGCUAGGACGUACUGCCAGACUGCUCACCACUGGGAGAUCCCCAAGGCCCAAGUCCAGGGGAGAACCUGGCCCAGCAGCAGAGUAACAUCUAACAGGUGUCAGAUUUACACCACGAGAUGGGGGAAGGAUGGACCUCAUCUAAACACCAGCCCUUCUCCAGAGCGAGUUGGUCUGUCCCUUCCUCAGCAAGAGCCCAUGGUCUCCUAGAAAGAAAUAUCCGACCAGCCACACCCAUCUGAAAAACUGGUAUUUCUUAGUUGUAGUAAGUUGAAUGUUAGCCUCCCUUCCCCCAAAAGAUAUAUCUGCCUGGAACCUGUGAAUAAGUUAAUUUGGAAAAAUGGUCUUCAUAGAUGUGAUUAAGUUAAAGAUCUUGAGAUGAGAGUACUCUGGAUUAUCCAGGUGAGCCCUAAAUGCAAUGACAAGUGUCCUUAGAAGACGCAGACAUGAGAAGACCAUGUGAAGAAGAGAGCAGACUGAUGUGAUGUGGCCAUAAGUCAAGGCUUGCAGCCACCAGGAGCUGGAAGAGGCAAGGAUUCAUCCCUAGAGACUUCAGAGAGCACAGCCCUGUUGACACCUUCAUCUCAGACUUUUGGCCUCCAGACAGAUCUCUGAGAAAAUCAGUUUCUGUUAUCUUAAGCCACUCAGGUUGUGGUAAUUUUGUUACAGCAGUCCUAGGAAACCAAUACACUAGUCAAGUGAAGAUACAUACACUCUGCCAGCAUCUCUGACAUAACUGAACCAGGAAAUGCACAUGAGCAGCUUCACACCAGUGUUGUGCUAAGAGCUGAAUGAUGAUGUUAACAGUAGAAUGGAUCAACUGGGAGAGUCAUGCACUGGAAUUCAAACCCACAGCACACAACACAGAUGCAUUUCACAGUGUGGAACAAGAACAAAUCGCUGAAGAGUAUAUACAUAGAUAGCACGACUCCAUUUACAGAAACUUUAGAAUUGGGCUAAACAAAAUAUGUUGUUUAGGGAUGUAUAUUUGGUGGAAAAACUUAAGACAAACAAGGAAAGCUCCCAUGUCAGGGGAGGGGCCUCCAACCUAGACUGAACAGUAGAACCCCUCCGGGAGAUUCAAAAAAGAUCGAUGCCAGAAUCUCCAGCCCAGACUGAUUAAAUUGGUAUCUUUAGGGUGCAGAAUCCCAGGGAAGGAAGGGGCUUUUUAAAAGUUUCACUGAGGGGGUUCUAAUGUGGGGCCAGGGUUGAGAACUGCUACCCUAACAGGGAAGGAGAGGUAUGUUUCUAUUUCGUGCCAAGUGGUGCUUAUAUGGGAGUCGCCUUAUAAUUAUUCUUUAAAUCACAGAACUAUUUAUGUACUCUUCAUAUGUUUGAUAUAUUUCACAAUUUUUUCACGUAAAAGGUCUAAGGUCUUGACUUAUAUGAAGUCCCUGGAGUAAUCAGAUUCAUAGACACAGAGGAGAAUGGGGCUACUGGGAGGUGGAAGGAUGGGGUGUCAGUGUUUAAUGGAGCAGAGUUUCAGUUCUGCAGGCUGAUGGGAUGUGACAGUUGCACUACAAUGUGAACAUACUUAAUGCCACUGAACUGCUCACUUAAAAAUGGUUAAGAUGGCUGGGGCACCUGGGUGGGUCAGUGGGUUAAG